AUGAAGGAUGAAAGGAUAGUGAAUGAAACCACACCUGCUACGAAUAUACAAGACACUGCAGAAGAAGAGACCAGCACCAUGGCCGCCUUCCAGCUGCUCUUCCCGCUCUUGGUCAGCUGCGUGGCGGCAUCCGCACAUCCUCCCCACCACCUCCCUGUAUGCCAAGUUGUCCAGAUGGAUGUGUUUUGCAGUGAUCUGAGCCUCAGAAGUGCCCCAGUCAACCUUCCUCCUGGCGUCCAAAUGCUGGACCUCUCUUGUAACCAGGUGCAGAAUCUCACCCAGGAAACUCUAGCGUACCACACCGGCUUCCAUCAUCUGAAUCUUCACUCUAACAAGAUCCACUUCAUCCAGCCGGGGCUCUUCAAAGACAUGACUGAUCUAAGAGUCCUGGAUCUGUCCAGGAAUCAGCUGAAUGUUUUUGCUUUCUCCAAAAUCAACAUUGGGCCUCUUACAGCUGUAGAGUCACUUGAUCUUUCAAGCAACGGGCUGUACACGGGGAUGUCAGACUAUUUCCUGGCUGAUUCUCCAUCGCUAGCAAACCUUUCUCUGAACAGCAACAGCAUCACCAAAAUAGCACAAAAUACCUUCAGUGGAUCCUCAUCAUUGAGGAAAAUCAACCUCCACAAUAAUGUCAUCAUGGAGAUUGAAGAUGGAGCUUUUGACUCCUUGGAUAGUCUGACUGAACUCGAUUUGUCCAAGAACUCGAUCACGUGCAUCACAAACUUCAAUCUCUGUAACCUAAAAGUGCUUAAUCUCAGUAAGAACAGCAUGGAGCUUUUCCAAAGCACAACAUCAACAGAUUGUUAUAAACUCCUCUCUCUUGAUCUAAGUGAAAACAAAAUGCCUUACUUCCCCCUUCUCCCUAGAAACAACAUGCUUGAAUACCUGGACGUUUCACGAAACCAACUUCAAAGCAUCAAUGUCACAGGAAGUCCUGAAAAAAAGGCAAAAGUUUAUUUUUAUCACCUGAAAUAUUUGGACAUGAGUUACAACCAACUCAAAAGCCUACCAGAGUCCUUUUUUGACUGUAUGGGAUUACUCGAGGUCCUGAAUGUGAGUAAUAACUGUAUCAGCUCGUUCUCUAUCACCAGCCAAAGCCUUCUACAGACAGUGAAGAUUAUCAAUCUCAGUUUUAAUUCGCUACAGAGUCUGACAUUUGGGGAAAACACUCUGCAAUCGCUGGAAAAGCUCUUUUUACAUGGAAAUGACCUCACCACCCUGGACAAUCAAAUAUUUCAAAGACUUCCAAGCAUCAAACACCUGCAGCUCCAGCAGAAUAACCUGAUAAUCUGUUCCCUGGACCAAAACCACCAGGAACCUCCAGGUUGUGUCUCAUUUUCUUCAAUACCAAACUUGCAGUUCCUGUACCUGUCUGAAAACAAUCUGAGGAGUCUGCCUGCGAACGUGUUUGCCAACAGCCCUCUGAAGUUGCUGGACUUGUCCCUGAACCCGGGCUUAGACAUGGACAAAGACUCCCUCUCUGGUCUGGAGCAUUCCCUGGUCCACCUCCUCUUGAGGGAAAACAAUAUUUCCAGUCUAAACACAGACCUGUCGUCGCUGAGGAGUCUCAAACACAUAGACCUGUCCACCAACCAGUUGACCGCUCUACCUAUGUGGAACAAAGACUCCUCCAUAGAGUCACUAAACCUGCAGCACAACAACCUUGUCACCCUGGAGUACAGCACCAUGCUCGCUCUGGAGCACUCACUAAAAACCCUCUACAUGGGCUCCAACCCUCUGAGCUGCUGCAGCAACCUUGACUUCCUCCACAUGGUCCAGCACUCGGCCGUGGUCGUUCCCGACAUCGAGACCGUGACCUGCAUUCACGAGGAGUAUUCAGAACCGGUCAACAUCGAGAAGGUGACCCAGGAAAUGUGUCAUAGAUCAGGUGGCCAGAACUAUAUUAUUGCAAUUGUAGUGAUAGUGUUAGUUGUGAUGAUUGUGCUGGGGCUGCUGGUUAAAUGUUGCCACUUGAGGAAACGAAAGCACAGCCGAAGCUUUAGCGCUUAAUGUAAAGCCAUGAAGGAAUUUAUGUUUGAGACUUGGUUGGUGGUUCUAACCAGAAACAGUAGAAAAACAUGAAUGUAGUGUCUGUGAUGUCACCCAAAGUCUUUUGAAGGAACAAUUUAAAGCCUUGAGUUGGGUUUACUACUAUCAUCUUUGCCACUAGUGUGAAUAAAUGUAAAUUUGAGAUGGGACACGCAAGAAGCAACCACAAUGGCUGGCUGAGUGAGCUGUCAAUAAAAAAAAUACAUGCCAUAAUAUUUCCUAAAUGAAGACAAUACAAUAGACAACCUGUUGAAACCAGAAGUUCCUGUGGAAAAUAUUUCAAAAGAAAAGUUUGGACUUUUUAGACAAACAUUCCAAACGUUUCUUGCAGUUAGCAUCUAGUGGUCAUUUCAGGAACUGCAUUUUUAUGUCUAAAGCAGGAGUGUUUCCUGUUUGUUUGGUUUAUUGAAUGUAAAAGGAUAAAUCCACACUAAAACACUUCAACACUGUAGACCAUGCCGUAAAAAAACUAAAGCAAUAGUUUUGCUUCCUUUCAGAGAGUUAGAUGAGAAGAUUGAUAUAACUCUCAUGUCUGUACACUGAAUUUGAAGGCAGACUGCAGCUGGUUAGCUUAGCUUAGCAAUAAACUUUGAAAACAGGGGGGAACAGUUAGCUUAGUUCAGUCUAAAGGUAACAAAAUAUGCCUACCAACACCUCUAAGCUCACUACUUAACAAGUUAUAUCUUCUUUGUUUAAUUUGUACGCAGUAACUGCAGGAAGUACUGUGGUCUUGCACAUAUAACCCCUCUGUAAAACCCCACUGUGUUGUUUUUGCAUUAAAUGAAUGAGAUAUAACGUGUUAAUAAGUGAGUUUGAGAGGUUUUGUUACGCGGAGCUAAGCUAGCCCUUUUCCCUGUUUCCAGUCUUUAUGCUAAGCUAAGCUAACUGACUGCUGGCUAUAGCUUCAUAUUUAGCGGACCAUCAAACUUUCAGCAUGAAAGCAUAUUUCCCAAAAUGUUGAACUAUUCCUUCAAGGGUUGAAUGAGACAGAGAAAGAUAAAUCCGAUUUAUGGAGAGUGUCGACACUGGAACAAAGUCAGAUGUCUUUAUUCAGUGACGUUCAGUGUAAUAGUAUCUGAGAGUGGAAUUUGCCUUUAAGCUAAAAAUAAACACUACAAAAGGUCAUGAAACAAAAUGUUCUAUUCAUGGUAGAUGAAGUAUGAUUAUGAAGUAUAUAUAGGUUGUACAAAAGCAACCCAAGCUGUCCCUUUACCCUUUAUGUAGUUUGCACUUUAAAUGUCGAUUGGUUUGUGUGAUUGUAACUUGUUCUGUGAAUGUUAACACUAAGAAUAACUUUGUUACUAUGAAAACAAAGCUGGACAUUUUAAACAGUAUGUUUUCUGUAUUGAUCCCAGGCCUGUGGUGCUCCCCCUGGACACAAUAUCUAUUACAUGACAUGAAAAUACCUUUAAGGGAUGAAGAUAAAAGCUGGACUAAGCACUGAAAUUAUUGACUGUGAUACUCUGGUAUAGAAGUAUAAUAUAAAUGUUGUAUAUUUUUAGAUAAAUAAAUGAAUAUGAAAUCCAGCGCUGUAUUGUGGGCUACACUGGGAUCCACAGUUUCAUACAAUUUUAAUGUGCUUGAUUCUAAAAUUAUUAUUAUUACUGACUAUAAUAUAUAAGUCAAACUGAUUUGUAACAUUUCUUAUCCUGUGAUGUUAUUUUGUAACGUAAUGUAAGCAAUAUUUUGUACCAAAUGAAGGCCAUUUUCUACACUUAAACGCUGUGUGAAACAUUAUUUGUGUAAUAAAAACAUGUAAACCUCUGAACGUAGUAUUCACACCAGCCCAUUUUAAGUUUAUUUUCUCCUCAUUAUUCAGCUAACACCAUAAAAUGAUAUUUCCCUCUGUACAUAUUUAUAAUUGUCUGGUUUCCUGUAGUUUAGACACACAACAUUUCACUUAAUGUGAAGCUGGUACCGCUGAGAUUUCUUGCAGAGAGUUAGACAAGAAGAUUGAUACCACUCUUUUCUAAACAUGAGAGUGGCGUCAAUCUUCUCAACUAACUCUCUGUUAGAAAGACAAUAAACAUAUUUCCCAAAAUGUUGCACAUUGUGAGUGCAUGAUGAUUAUUAUCACAAUAUAAUAAAAACAGUGUGCAAAGCAAA